AACACAUUGUAGUCUUUUGAGAACUUUCACGGAAAAAAAAAAUGAUAAUUAAAAUAUUAUUUAAAAAGAAAAACCUCUAGGGGACGUAUCGUAUUCUUCGCCGGUGCGGCGUCGCCGGAAAACGCGUGGACGAUCGGCGGUGGGUUGGUGCUCGGGGAAGGGUUCCGACUGAAGUCUGCUUUGAUUGAAUCUGUUUGAACCUCUGCUUCAUUGUUGAUCCAUUGCAUGUUGAUGAUUUUGAUGUUUGCGUGCGGCUUGCGUUUGGCAUUUUUCAUUUUUUUAAAUGAAAUUUGGAGGGUUUGGAAGUUGUAUUGGAGGUGAAUGGGGAGUUCAUAUCUGAAUUGAGAUUUCUCCAUUUGAAUCUUCAGAAGAAAUAAAAUGGCUUUCCAGAACAGCAGUGCUUGGCUGCCCAAUAGCUCCAUUCCGUUGGUUAAUGGAGAGGUGUGCUACGGCACUUCAACAAGAGACAACAAACGCGGUCACCAGUGGUUUCUAGAUGCUUUUGAGGAGGGUCUGUAUUUCAACAAGAGGCAAGCAAUAGAACCUCUUAAAGACGCUUCUGGACGUGCGGUUAUGGACAGCUCUUUAUGGAUUGAUGGGUCCAUUUCUCAGUCAGAUUGUCCUGAUGAUCCACUGUUCAACAUCAAGCCUGUUCAGAAUUCAGUUUUUCUUAACGAGAAUGGUGCUACUCAUUCCAGUGUUUCUGCUGCAGUGGAUACACCAAACAAUGGUUUUCUUAAUCAGUCAGAAAAUGAUUCUUCAGUUUGUUUGACCGUAUCUCACGCAAUGGCAGAUCCGUUAUGUCUCAGCUCCGGACUUCGGAGGGUAGAGGUUAGUGAGGUUAGGAUGUUGGACAGUUACUUGCAUGAGCUUGUCGAGAAUUCCUGCAAUGGAGAGAAGGAUAAAACGGUGAACAUGGGAUAUCACAGCCUGAUGCCUUCUGACAGUAUGAUUCCUCUGCCUACUUAUAAUAUUGCAGACGGAAAUACUAUGUCAGUGAAUCCUGCCAUAAGUACGAUGGAUAAGAAUUUUAUUUCAGUUGGACAGACAGGCAAGAGAGACGGGAGUUUCAUGCUAACGAAUCAGAUCUACAAUGGCAUGGAUAACAAUGCGCUAUCCGUUGGUCAAGCCUUCAGUCGUGGGAAUUACAAUUUCAGUAAUAUAGGAGAACAAAAUGAGAAGGAAAACAGCAGUUUCACGUCUAUUGGUGGUCCUACUUACAGUGGGAGCUAUCAGAAUUUCUUUUCUGUUGAUCCUUACAGUAGAAAAGUAAAUGAGUCGGUUGUUCCAGCAUGUUCUACUUAUAGUGAAGGACAGAGAAAUGUAGUGAUUCGUAAUCAGCAAGAUGCUUCUGUUGGAUCAUUACAAGCUCAUUACAACGAUGAGAAUUCUAGCAUCUCAUCAAUGGUUGAAAAUGUUAGAAAAGGUGAUCAAACCACCAUAUCUUUCGGAGGCUUUCAGGAUAAGUUCGAGGAGAGGAAUCACUAUGAUCAGAUCAUAGGAAGUUACGGGGCUCUGCUAGCUAAUUCCUCUGUUGAAUCUCCUGGAGUUUUAGGAGCGCACAAUCCAGUCGAGGUAAGCUCAAAUGUUGCUGUUAUAGCCACUGGAAGAACAGAUAACGCACAGAAGAACAAGGAGCUUAAAUCAAAGAAAGGAUCGUCCAGCAACUUUCCGACAAAUGUGAAGAGUUUAUUAUCCACUGGUAUAUUUGAUGGUGUUCCCGUGAAGUAUGCUUCUUGGUCAAGAGAGAAAAAUCUUCGAGGAAUUGUAAAAGGGACAGGGUACUUGUGCGGCUGCCAUGACUGCAAACUUUCCAAGGUUAUCAAUGCUUAUGAGUUUGAGCGUCAUGCCGGUUGCAAGACCAAACACCCGAAUAACCAUAUUUACUUUGAGAAUGGGAAGACAAUUUAUGCAGUCGUCCAAGAACUGAAAAACACCCCACAGGACAAGCUUUUCGACGUAAUUCAACAUGUGACAGGAUCUACAGUCAAUGAAAACAAUUUCACUGCUUGGAAAGCAUCGUAUAGAGCUGCGACCCGUGAACUCCAGCGCAUUUAUGGCAAAGAUGAUGUGGUUGUGCCGUCUUGAAAGGUAUGCUCUCGAUCCCCUAUUAUCUAAGGUGGGUAAGAUGAUUGGUGUCUGUUUUGUUUGUGAACUAAAUUAGUUAUCUUUUUGCAAUGCUUAGGAAGGUUGCUUAAGCAUUUCUGGUUUAUCUUCUUCUAACAUAUUUUGUUACCGAAGGAAAAAAAGUGGCUAUUUUGAUCAGUAAUGGAAAUUUUUAUUUUGGAAUCAGAUUCAUACUAUUGCUAAGUUGAAUGAAGUUUAUAUUUUCAGUGCAUUGUUUUUACCUCCUUAAAAUGCAGACCGAACCGAUUGCUUUUACUGAUUAUGUUUACUUGCUUAGAAUUUUGUACAUUGUUGUUAUCUUAUGAACAUAGCUUGCCUAUAGUUUUAUGAUCUCUGUCUGAUUUGAACAUACUUGUUGAUUGUAACUGUGCUGAUCUUACAACUCUGUUCUCAUACAACAUCACUGGUUUGUAUUCAUUUAUUUACAUAUACAUAUAUUGGAGGAUGUUUUGGAUUUUUUGGGAGAAUCGUGAAAUUUUGGGCGCAGAUCCUAUGUUGAUCCGGCUGAUUAUGACCGAAUCAACAUAUGCCAUAAAGGUAAACAAUAUAUAUUUGUACAUAGUACGACAAUAUAUAUUGUGUGAUAAUAUAUCAUAUGUUCUGUUAUCGUAUAACAUAUGUUAGUAUUAUAAUUAUGUUGUUGGUUAAAUCAGCACCAUGCUAAUGUGACUGGAUCGGAUCAGCAUAGGAUCCAUGCUCAAAACUUUUAAUAUUUGAUGUGAUUUCUUGUGGAAGAAAAUAGUUAUUUGAUGUCAUUUUUUUUUUUACAAAGAAGUUCUUGUAGAUGAAUAGUGCUAGGAGUGACUUGAAAAUGUAUAUAUUUCUGGAACUAUCGAACAAUUUUUGUGUUUUGGUUUUUAGUCUAAAUAGCACUUGAACGUGUGAUGUUCUG